AUGGAACCGGAGAGAGUUGAUCUGGUCAUAAUUGGCGCAGGCUGGCACGGCCUCGCGGCGGCCAAAACCGCACUCACGCUCGAUCCCUGUAUCAAUUUGGUUGUUCUGGAAUCCGCCGCCUCGGUUGGUGGUGCUUGGGCAGAGGAGCGGUUAUACACUGGACUCAGGACGAAUAAUCUAUUGGGAUCAUACGAGUAUAGCGAUUUUCCUAUGCGGGACAACGUGCCUGCUUCUUUAGUUAAGCCCGGGGAGCAUAUACCAGGUAGAGCGAUGCAUGAGUAUCUGAAAGCGUACGCAGAGCAGUUUGGAUUCCGCGACAAAAUUCGGUUGAAUUGCAGGGUGGACAGUGUUGAAUAUUGCGACGGGGGUGAAGACAAAGGAGGGGGGAAAGAGUGGCUCGUUGGAUGCACAACAGGAGGACACGAGAAGAGCUGCAUUAUACAGACGCAGAAACUCAUCCUCGCCACGGGGCUUACCUCGCAGCCGCGCCUUCCUACAUUCCCCGGCCAGGAAUCUUUCGGCGUGCCACUGUUCCACUUCAAAGACCUCGCCCGUUACCAGGAUACAUUCUUCGCCAAACACAACAACCACAGCACAGAAGACCAACACGAACAUGGAGGCAGCCUUGCCGACAAAGCACAAGCACCAAUAACAGUACUCGGCGGAAGCAAAUCUGCGUGGGACGCCGUCUACGCAUGCGCAUCUAAGGGCCACCGCGUCAACUGGGUCAUCAGACCCUCUGGGACUGGACCCGGAUGGAUGAGCGCCGCCGCUGUUUUCUGGCCCCUCAACCUCCUCCUCGAGAGCCUCCCCUCCGUGCGUGCCUUGGGCUGGUUCAGCCCCUGCAUCUGGGCGAGAGAUCCGGUCCGCAGCUUCCUGCAUGCGACGUGGCCCGGUAGGAUGCUUGUGCGUCUGUUCUGGGCAGCCCUGGAGUGGGAUAUGGUCAAGGUGAAUCGGUACAGCGACCACGAGGAGACGGCCAAGCUGAGACCCUGGGUAGGGUCAAUGUGGGUUGCGACGGCGGUGGGGAUCCUUAAUUUCGCGAGUGAUUUAUUUAGCUUGAUCCGAGAAGGACUGGUCAAGGUGCACAUUGCCGACGUUGAGCGGCUGGAGCAUCACACAGUCGUUCUGUCCGGCAAUAACAACAGUAGCAGCACAAGCGGUGGUGGCGACAGGCUGGACACGAGGGCACUCAUCCUGUGUACGGGGUGGAAAGCAUCCCCAGGCAUUCGGUUCUUACCGGAAGGAAUCGAACAAGAGCUGGGCUUGCCCUGGGCCGCGGACCCGAUCAAUCAGGCGCACGUCAGGCAGGCGCGCAAAGACAUAUGCACGCGUCUGCCCAUGCUCCGCUCCUUCCCCGAGAGCAAGGGCAGGGCCUACAACGCAACGGACGACACCAAUGAAGAAACCGUUCUACACCCAUUCCGCCUCGCGCGCUUCAUUGUUCCCCCAGGGCUAUGGGACGACCACAGCAUCGCCUUCCUAGGGACAGUAACAACGUUCAAUACCGCGAUCAUGACCGAAGUGCAGGCCCUGUGGGCGCUUGUCUAUCUUAACCACGGCCGUGAACUUAACUAUUACCGUGCUCAUCUUCAGGAAGAAGACAAGGAGGCGAUGAUCCGCGAGAUAGCACUGCACACCGAAUUCUGCGCCCUGCGGUCCCCAGCGGACCACGGCGCGCGGAACGCGGCCUUUAUUUUCGAAGUAAUGCCGUAUUUGGAUCUCUUGCUGGGAGAUCUGGGCUUGCGGACGGCGAGGAAGGGGUCGUGGUGGGCGAAUUUGUUUGUUCGGCAUCAGCCAAGGGAUUAUGCGGGAUUGGUGGAGGAGUGGAAGGCGCGAUUAUUGUCCAAAUCCUCGGAGGGCCACAAGAUGAAGACUGCUUAG